AGUUGUUGACAUUUCAAUGGCCGCCGUUAGGACAAGUUGCCGCAAGCUGUCCUAAUGCUCGCUGAAGUGGACGUUUUCGUGGGAAACAACACACUCAUCGAUCCAGACGUGUUUCAACUAUGGCUCGAAGGAUAUUCAGCUCAAGAUGCCGCUGUGACUCUCCACCACAACGAAGUCAUGAAGGAAAGCGACAUUCCGCUGGAACUGCUCAAGAGCGAUGUUCUAGACCACUACAGGACGUUACAGAUGCUCGAGCGACUGCUGCACAGUCCUGUUCACCUUGCAGAGCAGUGGACCUUUCAACUGACGCCGCAGACCCAGCGAAUGUUGAUUGCCAAGUACUACGACUUUGACCAUUCUGUCAUACGAGAAUUCCUGGGCAAGAAACUGUCAUCGAGGAAUCGAAAGGACCUGGACGAAGUCAGUGAGAAGACUGGAGUUGACAUCAAGAGCUGCAGACGGCAGUUCGACAACAUCAAGAGGGUCUACAAAGUCAUCGAAGAAAUGCCUGGCCCGCUGACCAAGAACAUUCAGACACAUUUCUUGCUCCCUGAGCAGCUGGCGAGGAAGUACGCAGCCGUCGUGUACAUCACCCACAAUCGGUUCGAGACUGGCAAGAAGAAACUCAACUACCUUACCCUCGACAACUUCAUCUUCUGCGUCGACCAGAUGAUCAACAACUGGAGCUGCCGAAAUCCAAAUUGCAAGUAUGAAGAGUCUGGCAUGGAGAUGGAUCGAGAGUUCCUGCAGCAGCUGCGGGAGAUGAAAGCCCUCCUUGAUCGCGAGCACUUGGACAGGCUCAAGGAUGCUGUCACCUUUUCGCUCUGGGGCCGGGUCUCCAAGCACACCCUGCAAGACUUGGAAUCCAACUUCAAGUCUCUCACACGAACGCUCGUCAACAUUGCUUAUGGCCUCAACCACAGCAAAGACCUGAGGGACUUCUUCAUAGACAUUGUUGAGAAGAUCAUUGAGCCAUGCCGGUCGGCACACUGGACUCGCGAAGAACUACAGGUGGUGAUGGAGGCAUUCUCGAAAAGCCCUCAGAGUGCCACUUUUCCCCAUGAACUGCACCUCUACGAAGUCUGGGUGCGCUACUCGGAAACGUUUGCCAAAUGCGUCUGCCAGAUGUACUCCCCCUGAGCGACAACCACCAUAAAGUUAUGCUUUUUCCGCUACCA